UUGACCGACUCGGGUCUUAAUGAGAUUAGAAAAUGCUACAUCGUACCCGACUAACCUAAAAAGCGAACAUACAGUAGUUAGUAACUCCUUUACUUUUGCAGGAGGAGAAAAUCUUAAUAAUAUAUUGUUCCUUCUAUCAGCCUCUUUGCCAGUUAUCCAAUAACCAGCACCGACAACUGCCACUUUUUUCGAUUUGAUAUCAUUUAUGUUCCAUCGGUGUUGAAAAUUUGUUUUUGCUUUGUGAGUACAGAGUAGAUGAUCUACCACUGUAAGACGAUGAACCCUAACGCUCAAGCUAUCGAAUCAGUUUGGGGAUGGCAGGGGCAACAAUCCACCAUUGCCAAUAGAGCCAGACACAUUUUCGGGAAGGACAUUUUAAGCGACGUCACCUUCCGGAUCCAGCAACCCAAUAGCCCCGUUGUGGACAUCAAAGCGCAUAAAUUUCUGUUAGCCAUGGGCAGUGCGGUGUUCGAAACGAUGUUUUAUGGUACAGUUAAAGAGACCAAAAAUAUCGUUAAAAUCACUGACAUGGAUCCAGAGACAUUUAGAAUUGUUUUAAGAUACAUCUAUUAUGACCAGAUUGGCCCGUUCAACAAAUUAACCGCAUUCUCUGCUCUUUAUGCCGCGAAAAAAUACGGCAUCCCAAUUUUGAAAAACGCCUGCGAUCAGUACUUGAGACAAAAUAUAGCUGCCGAUAAUUGUCUGGCUUGGUUUGUUCAGGCAAGGCUGUAUGAUGAAACCAACUUGGAGAAGUUCUGUUUGGAAAAAAUUGAUGUAUGGGGAGCAUCUGUACUGCAUUCCGCAGAUUUUUUGGAAAUUGACCGGGAGGUUUUGUCAGUAAUCUUACGUCGCGACACUUUAAAGGUCAAAGAGGUGGAUGUAUACAAUGCAGUUAUGAAAUGGGUGAAGCAUCAGUGUGAACAGCAAAAAAUCGAUUUUACUGGAGCCAACCAGCGGUCGGUUUUGGGGGAUGCACUCUUCCUAAUAAGAUUUCCUACGAUGACUUCCGAGGAGGUUGCUACUGGACCCGCCAAGUCGGGCGCGUUACUGGCAGAAGAAAUCAGUCAGCUUUUUCAGUUUUGGUUCGCCAAGAUUGCGCUUCCAGAGAAGUUCAUCCAUCGAAUGAGACAUGGCAACGAGACAGAAGUGGCUAUUUCUAGGUUUGAUAGUACGAAUAGCAUGGAAAAUUGGACGUACAUGGCUGGGUUUCCCGAUGUGAUAAGGUUCUCUGUCACAUCCAUUCUGAAGAUUCACAAUGCAAAUUUAGGCGGCCCGACGGCGACAAUUAACUUGGUUGCUAUUGGUUUGUUUAUCCAAAAUCCACUUCCUGCCGGCGUUGCGUGCACUGCCGCUAUCAAAAUAUACGAAUAUGAAAGAGUAAGCGUUCGUGGAUAUUAUAGAGACCAGCCACGGGAACUAGAAAGCUUCCGACAAAUAUGGAAUAUUCCCGGUCAUACGAAUUCAACUACUGCAAAAUUUAAAUUUGGCUCAGCCUUUCCAGUAAUGCCCGAAAAACAAUAUGCCCUCUCGCUGGAAAUUAAAGGCAUGCAACAAUCGGUCUAUGGUACAACCGGGAAAUCAACUGUGACCACUUCUUCUGGGAAUUGUGCACUAUCUGUACAAUUCUUCGACACUCUAGAUCCAGAAUAUGACCGCCAACGAAAUAGCAGCAUGCACGGAUAUUACUCCAAUCAAAGACAAAUUGGCUAUAAUCCAAAAAAUGGAAGUAGUACGUGCGGGACAACAAGUGCUACUAACGGACAAUUUCCUCAACUUUACUUUACAGUAGAAGAACCAGCGGCGUAAAGACCAUUAAUUUGUUCGGCAAGGGUUGAGGUGCGCCGAAGUGAACCUUUCAGUGUUCAAAUAACGCCAAGUUCCUAAGCACAUCCGGCACAUAAAGGUUGAAUUAGCAGUUCUAUGUGCAACAAUUAAUGAAUAGUCUACAUGUAUGAUUACAGAAAGUAAAUUAAAUACGAUUGCUUAAUUAGCUUCUAGCGAGAAACAGAAAAGACAUCCAAUUACAGUACACAGAACACAAUUUCGACUAACCGCAUGCAGUACCAUUUUGGGCGUACUAUUAUUACUUAUUGCAUAAUUUUACUUAUUACUUACUCUUAUUAUCUGAACUUAUAACUCGUACAUUUAUUGCACGCAGCCCCUUUCCAGCUAAUGUGGCAUACUGCGCUGUAGUGUCUCAAAAAACAUGCUCUAUCACUCCAAAGUCCAAACUACGGUAAGUGUAAUAGUCAUAAAACGCCACAAACUGCAAGGCUAAAAUAACCUUAAUUAAAUAUAACUUCAAAAUUUUGAGCGCAUGGAGCAUCGUGUUAUGGUACAACUGGGAAGCCAUCAGAAACCAUCUUCGGCGAACUGCUCACUCAUAGUGCAGUUCUUCGAUGCCCAUGAUCCAAAUGUACUCAUACUGAUAUCAGUUUUAUUAGAUUAAUAAAACAAAUGCACUAACUCACUAGCGCAUGGUAAAAAUCGUUAUUUUUUUGUUUUUUAGACGAGCACCAGCAGAUUAGCAAUAAUAACAUCUACGGGGAUGGUUAUGGUAAUUACAGACAAACUGUCUACUUAUAAUACAAGCGGAACAACAACUACUGCUAGCGCACAAUUUUCCUCACUUUUAUUUCGAAGUACCUUAACACGCUAUGCCAUCGUAACCGCUACAGCUGUGGGAGCCGAACAGAACGUUAUUACCUGUCUUUCUCGUGCACUGAAUUUUUUUUAUUAUUCUUCCAGAUGAAAUAAAGUCAUCGCUCCUUUUUCUUCCCUUUCGAUAUACAGAGUAGAAUACCUUUAGACUUCAGUACUUGCAUGCUCGCACAGAGUUCAGUGCUUCUCUGCGCAGAUGGCAAAGUACCGUGCUUACACAAAACGCGGCGUAUCAUCAUAUUAUAUGUACGUACCGAUGAGCAGUGAUAUAAUGGUAUAGUAAAACCUGCGUACUUGGAACACCUGCGGUUCCAAAUUUUUCGUUCAAUGUAGACGCCUGUUCAAUGUACAGAACAGCUGCGCCCAGGGGGACCGCCCUUGGAAACAGUGCUUUAGCGCUCUAAAGCUGCCCCUGAGGGCGAACAGGCGCCGCCUCAAGGGGGACAGCCCCGCUAGCAAGCCUUGUUUACGCUAUUUUCGCGCAUAACAAAUCAAAAUCUGUAGGCAUUCGCUAUUUACAACUUUGACACCAGUGAACUCUGGUCCGUUAAGGGCUGUUUUUGUGUUUUUUCGCUGUCGAAACCAGAUUCCGGCGCUUUGUUCAUUUUCAAAAGGUCUAAAUAUUAGUAAAUAAUUAGAUUCGUUCCAGCUAAUUUGUUCAAUGUUCACUUUAGGGAAGUGUUCAAUAUACGCGAGGUCCCCCCUGUGUUAUAGUCUACGAGACGCGCCGGUUCCGUAUUCCGUAAUGACCGUUCAAUAUACACCAGUGUUCAAUUUACGCGAGUGUUCAAAGUCAGAGGUUUUACUGUAUGUGCUUUCGCUUGCACUCCUGCACUAUCAGGUGAUUUUACACGGGCUGACGGACACCUCCUAAUAGGCAAUAAUGGUUCCUUGCUGAUUCCUGUGAUUUUUUGUGCGUCCUAUUUUUCGAUCAGUUUAAAUAAAGUGUUGUAAAUCUGCAUGCAGAAGUGAUUCAGUUUCUCAGCAUCGUUCUGAAGAGAAUCGGGAAGCCAAUUUUGUUUUCGCACUUUGGCAACCAUUGCGUUACGAUGGACCCUAAUGCUCAACCUGUGGAGCCCAUUUGGGGAUGGUAGAGUCAGCAGUCCACGAUAGCCAACAGAACCAAGCACAUUUUCGGGAAGGAUAUUUUGAGCGAUGUCACUUUCCGGAUCCAGCAACCCAACAGUCCUAAAGUCGACAUUAAAGCACACAAAUGCGGGAUACCAUACUUUUUCGCGGCAUAAAGAGUCGAAAAUGCGGUGGAUUUGUUGAAGGGUCCAAUUUGAUCGUAAUAAGUGUACCUACCAGGUUGUACAACAUUGUUAACGUAGAUCACAUGUCGCCUUGCGCUUGCAGUAACCGUGUAGCGCAUGUACAAUACAGCAGUCAGGGUAAGCGCGCUUUACCUUAAAACGAUUUCGAACGUCUCUGAGUCCAUGUCAGUAAUUUUAACGACGUUCGUAGUUUCCUUCAUAGUGCCGUAGAACAUCGUUUCAAAAACCGCACUGCCCAUGGACAAGAGAAAUCUGCAAAAUCUCGUGUUUUAAGAAACAUAAUUGUCUGGCUUGGUUUAUUCAGGCGCGGCUGUACGGCGAAACCAGCUUGGAAAACUUUUGCUUGGAGAAGAUUGAUUUAUGGGCAGCAUCCGUACUGCAUUCCGCCGAUUUCCUGGAAAUUGACUUGGAGGUGUUGCAAAUCAUUUUACGUCGCGACACUCUAAAGGUCAAAGAGGUGGAUGUGUGCAAUGCCGUUACGAAAUGGGCCAAGCAUCGAUGUGAGCAGGAUAAACUUGAUCCUACCGGAGCCAACCAGCGGUCGGUUUUAGGGGAUGCUCUGUUUCUGAUACGAUUCCCUGUUAUGACGCCCGAAGAUGUUGCAAGUGGACCCCUCAAGAUUCCAGAUAUCUAGCGUGUCUAUUAUGUUUAGCGAUUAACCAUUUCUUCAAUUCAUUACUUAUAUGGCUUGCACAUUAUGUAAUGCCCAUUUUUAAGGUUUUUGAUGACCAGUCAAUAUAACAGCGAACAAUCUAAAAUGCUUGAGUUCAACAGAAAGUCAGCUUACUCAUUCGUUCUAAUUUAUGAUGUUCAUUUACGUACUUUGCAGUCGGGCUUGUUACUGGACAAAGAAAGUAGUCAGCUUUUUCAGUACUAGUUCGCCAAAGCACCAUUGCCCCAGAAAUUCAGAAGCAGCCUACGAGUCGGGAGCCACACAGAGGUGAUGAUCUCCAGGUUGGGCAGCACCACCAGCAGCUCGGCAGCACAUCUUGGGAGUACAGAGCCGGUUAUCCCGAUGUCAUCAAGUUUUCUGUCACCUCCACCCCAAAAUCACACAAUGCAGACUCGAGUGUGACGUCGAUUAACCUGGCUGCUGUUGGUUUUUUUCGUGCAAAAUCCACUUCCUACCGGCGAUGUGUGUACUGCAACCAUCAGAAUUUAUGUUUAUGAAAAUGACAAAAUUCGUGGAUAUUACAAAGACCAGCCAAAAGAACUGGAAGAUUUUCGCCAAACGUGGACCAUUCCCCACCACAUAAACUCAACCACUGCUAAAAUCGAGCUGAAACAAGCCUUUCCGGUAGUACCCAGUACGCCUUACAACUGCAGAUUGCAGGCAUGCAACAGUCUUGUUUUGGUACCAACGGGAGAGGUGGAGUAACCGCGUCUGCUGCAGAUUGUUCGCUCUUGGUGCAGUUCUCCGAUGGUCUGGAUCCAGAAUAUGAACGCAGACAAAAUAAUGCCGGAUACUCUUGUAACAGAGACCUGGCUAUAACGAAGCGCUCCGAAGCUAUGAAUGCGGGACCACAACUGUUACUAGAGGACAGUUUCCUCAGCUCUAUUUCGAAGUGGCCUAACCAUUUGGCAUCAAGAGUGUUUGCACCGGAUUUUGUAGAUACGUUCUGUAUAAGCUCAAGGUUCACGCUGAUGUUUUGCUGCAUCCUUGUGUUAUUCUUUUCGUCCUUUGAACUCCUUUCGUAUCGCUAAAUUUCGGUUUUCGAACUGUUGCGGAAAAUAGGUGCUUCAUUCGUUUUAAAAGUGCGAUU